UUACUUCAUCACGCACAUGCGGAAAGAAAAUGGCCGACAACAACAGUGCAGUGGUGUCUGCAGUGCCGAAUGUCGGACAAACGGCAGAAGACACGGGUACUACAGACCUAGGGGACGAUGACGACCCUUUAUCCGAGAAUCAGGACCACGCGGAGGAGACCAUGUUUAUAAACCAGACUGCCCCGCCUGAAAAUCAAUGGUAUCAUGGCCGACUGGGUCGCCAGGCAGCGGAGGACAGACUUCGUACUGCAGGAGAGUCGGGGAGUUAUCUGGUGAGGGAGAGUGAGAGAAACAAAGGUUCCUAUGUCCUCUCCUACCUGGGGAGGAAUGGCCUUACACACUUCAAAAUUUCAGCAAUCUGUGGUGAUUACUACAUUGGUGGCCGGCGUUUUGACAGUCUCUCUCUGUUAGUGGGUUAUUACACAUCUUGUUCAUACCUUCUCAAAGGGGAACAACUCAAGUAUCCUGUCUCCCCACCAGAGCCAGUUGAUGACAGGAGAAAAGUUGUGGCAGUGUUGUCAUUUUCCAAAAUGCCAGAAACAGAUGAGCUGAGCUUUGAGAAAGGAGAUGUGUUCAUUGUAUUAAAUGAGAUGGGAGAUGGGUGGUUAUGGGUAAAGUCAUUAAGGACAAAUGAAGAUGGCCAAAUCCAUGAAGCACUUGUUGAUGAUUUGAGUGACAGUGUGGAACCAGUUCAGGGUCUGGCGUACUUCCAUGAUAGUAUAACAAAAGAACAGGCUGUGGAGAAACUCAGAGAAGCUGGCCAAGGGAGUUUUCUUGUCAGACCUAGUGAAAAUUCACCUGGGAAUUAUUCAUUAUUUGUGUUAUGUGAUAAAGUGGUGCAACGAUUCCGAAUAGAAAAACAAGGGAAACAGUUAUUUCUUAUGGGUGGGAGGUAUUUUGACAGUUUGGAUGGGAUCAUAGAAAGGUACAAGAAAGAAGAAAUUGUUGAGGGACAUACUCUGGGAGUCCCAGUUACCAGAGAGAUGAAGAUCAAGUCUGAUAAGCUGGAGAGGUUGUCCCACAAAGGAUCAGCUGACGACCUGUACGACUCCAUCCGACAGAGCUCCCGGGGACCCAUGACGGGGCGAAAGGGCAACAAGUUGGAAAUGAAUGGAUACCUCUACAUCAAGAAAAACAGUCAAACAAAAAAGUUUAAAAACAUGUUUUUUGUGUUGCUUGGAGAUGAUCAACAGCUUUGUUAUUUAGAAAACGAAAAGAGAUCUCGUCCCAAGGGUUUGAUAGAUCUUAGCUACAGUUCCCUGUAUCCUGUUCAUGACAGCUUUUUUGGAAGGCCCAAUUGUUUCCAGUUAAUAACAAAUUCAUUUAAUCAUUCCCAAAUUUACUAUUUGUGUGCUGAUAAUGUGGAUUUAGCACAGAAAUGGAUACAAAGACUCCGCCCGUACUGUGUAAAUACAGCUCCGAGUUCCCAACAACGAUCCUCAGCUCUGAAAGAGUUACGGUCCCUGACGGUGGAGGUGGUGGAUGCUCAGAAACUGUCCACUAAACUUCUACCACAUCCUUACUGUAUUGUUAAUCUGAAGAACCCUAGUCUUAACCCCAUCAAAGUGUGCCGGACACAGGUGGAGGAGGUCCUCAAUCCAGUAUGGGAAGAAAAAUUUAUCCUAGAUGAUGUACCCUCCGAUAUAGAAUCAAUCAGCAUUAGUGUUCACAAUCAUAGUAAAAGAUUUAUUGACAAAGAAAUUGGAAAACCAGUUGCUCAAAUUUCUGUACAGUUAGAAGACAUAAAGAGUCUGGAUCUAUUUGCAAAAUGGUUUCCUCUAGUCCCUGUGAAUCCUGCUUCUCGAGGAGAGAUGGGGUCGUUACGAAUACGAGCCCGAUAUUUACAUGAAGUUAUUAUGCCAGAAGACAAAUAUUCUACACUUAAAGAGUUAAUAUUAAAUGGAGAUUUGAUUAAUUUACUUGAACUGUUCAACAUCUGUGGUAAUGACAGAAUUCCCUUGGCCAAAGCUCUCCUCCAAAUUUUCCGACAUGAGAAACAAGAAAAAGUAAUACUUAAAACCAUGAAUGACCUUGAAAUAGCCCGUGAAGACAAUAUGUCGACCCUGUUCCGAGCCACUUCCCUGGCCACCACUUUGAUGGACCAAUACAUGAAGAUGACAGCCUCUCAGUUUGUAGCCACAGCACUGAAAGACCCCAUCAUCCAUAUCACAGAGAGCAAGCAGUCUUGUGAGCUGAAUCCUACAAUGUUGGAGAGUGGAGGUGAUAUUGGAACCAACAGGGAACAUUUCCUACAUUUCCUGGAGGAGGUGACAGAAUCCAUAUUUAGAUCCACAGACAGUUGUCCAAAAGUUCUGCGGUACAUAUGUGGCUGUUUACAGCGAAGUGUGUCGGCCAAAUGGCCCUCAGAUGAGAGUGUCCGAACGAGAGUUGUAAGUGGCUUCAUUUUUCUGAGGCUAUUAUGUCCAGCAAUCCUAAACCCAAAAUCUUUCAAUUUGAUAACAGAGACCCCAUCAGAAGUGGCCUGUAGAACAUUAAAACUGAUUGCAAAAGCAUUGCAGAACCUGGCAAACCUGGUGGAAUUUGGAAUCAAAGAGGCUUUCAUGGAAGUGAUAAAUCCAUUUAUCAAGAAAAAUAAGCCUAGGAUGAUCAAAUUUUUAGAAGAGUUGUCUCAGGUUGAUGAAAGUGAAACAUCAUCAGAAAAUUCCUUGCCAGUUGACAGUGUAACUAGAGACUUGGCUACCAUGCACACAAUAUGUGCCACCCACCAAUUAGAACUCAGGAAACAAGCCGAGACCAAGCCCUCAUUAAAGAAGUUAGUUGCAGUAACAGACAUUUUAACAGACCACAAGAAGCGAUACAUGACAUGAUGAAUGCUGACGGUGUUGAUUUAUUCCCUAUUGUUUGGUCUCCAUGAAAGUCAUGACAUGACUAUGGAGGAAUCCCAGUCCUGAGUGACUGACCUCGGGAACACCGACAAGUGAAUCAGAGGAUAUUAUCUUCAGUCCCGCUAUAGUGACAGGCCAGCGGUCUACUGACUACUAUCUUCCAUGUUUCAAGCUGAGGCAAUAGAUAACAAACACUUUUUCCAUGUUUGUACAUUGUUGAUCAGUCAUUUGAAAAAAAAAACAUUGUUGAUUGGCUUGUUGCUUGUUAGUUAAUUUCAUAAUGAGCUUAUAUGUAAACAUUGUUCAUGAAAUUAUUUCAUUUUGAAAAUGGCAUUAUAAUGAAAGAUUGUUCUAGUUGAUUGCUUACAGAGUUUAGUUGUACUGGAGAAGAUAAUUUAUUUUUAUUUGAAAUACAGCUGUAUGUUUGUGUGUGAGAGAAGAAUGUAUUGUAUUUAGAGAAUCAAGCUUUCAUUUUACCAAAGAAUGUGGAGUUCCUUAAUGAAUUAUGUUUUAAUCUAGUCUCAAAGAUUUUUUUUUUAUUAUGGUGUUAAUUACAACAUUGAAAAUAAAUUGUACUACUGACAUAA